AUGGCGUCCACGACGAUUCGAGUGAAGGACCCCAAGGAGUCGGUGAAGUUUUACGAGUUCCUCGGCAUGAAGCUGGUACUGAAGCUCGAGUACCCUGAGGCGAAAUUUGACUUGUACUUCUUGGGCUACGAUAGCCCCAAGGCGGCCUCCCACGGCCGACCUACCGUCGAUCGAGAGGGGCUCAUCGAGCUGACGCACAACUACGGCACCGAGAAUGACGCGUCGUACAGCGUCAACAACGGCAACAAAGAGCCGCACCGUGGAUUCGGCCACACGUGCAUCAGCGUCGACAACAUUCAGGCGGCCUGCCGGCGAAUCGAGGACGGCGGCUACAAGUUCCAGAAGAAGCUGACGGACGGUCGGAUGAACCACAUUGCCUUUGCCCUGGACCCAGAUGGCUACUGGGUCGAGAUUGUGGGGCAGAAGCCGGUGGAGGAGACGGCCGGCGUGACGGAGACGGACGUGAUGACGUACCGCAUGAACCACACCAUGCUCCGCGUCAGGGAUGCGGAGAAGUCGCUCAAGUUUUACCAGGAGGUCAUGGGAAUGUCGUUGAUCAGGACCCACGAGGCUCCGGCCGCCGGCUUCAACCUGUACUUCCUCGCCUACCCUGGCGACCAGGGGCUGCCCAAGGAAAACGGAUUGAGCCAGAGCCAGCGCGAAGGUCUCUUGGAGCUGACGUGGAACUACGGUACCGAAAAGGAGGAGGGCUUUGCGUACCACAACGGCAACGACCAACCGCAGGGCUUCGGCCACAUCUGUGUCUCGGUCGACGACCUCGAUGCCGCCUGCGAGCGGUUUGACGACUUGAAAUGUAGGUGGAAGAAGAGGCUCACCGAUGGACGCAUGAAAAAUGUCGCCUUCCUCUUAGAUCCCGACGGGUACUGGAUCGAGGUUCUGCAGAACUCACGAUACAGCGACAAGUAUGAAAUCUUAGGAGGCGCGACCAGAUGA